UCCAAUUUCUAUUUCAGAUUAAACAAUAGAAACUUUCAACUAAGAUGGAUUAUAAACAGAUGGCAUUAUGCGGCGUGUUGGCCGUUGCAUUGAUGACGGCGGUUACCAUGGCAGCCCCUCUGGAACUGUGGGAGAUCGCUGCCCUGGAUGAGCUCCUGGACGAUGCCUAUGCGGAGGCCAUGACUGAAAAGGACAGUGGGAACAUCAACAAAAGAUCAUCAUGGAACUAUUGCCGGCAUCACGUUACUGGAAAAAUGUGUAAAUGUUCUUCAAUUUACGGCCUCUCAUCACGAAAAUACUUCGAAUGUGAAGCUCCACCGUACCUGAACAACCCGUGGAACAGGAUAACACGCAACUGGUGAUCAUCAUUACGUCAAUUGAGCCGGUGUAUUAUAUCCCAGUUAUAUUUAUAAACUUGUUAUCAGUUACCCCCUUCGCCUUCUUUCUCUAUUCUUAUCCUAUGUUACACUCUUUCAUUCGAUCUGUACUCUCUCUCUCUCUCUCUCUCUCUCUCUCAUGUGAUUUCUUUGUGUUUCUCCCUUCUUACGCUUUCGACACUCCUGUUUUUUCGUGUGUUGCAUUCAUUAAAGAAUUUAUCUACAUUAAUUUAUCCCAUUAUUAUUACAUCCGAACCACCCUACCCCUCCCCUGCCCCCUACCUGACAUCUCACUAGCAUGGUGUUCCUGGUAGUCCAAUAUCUCGGAACCAUUUUCAGCAAAUGUGUUCAAUGGGAAACGAACUGCAGUCGAAUAGCCCUACAGCCAGAAUAGCCGCUUCGCUAUUCGUCCUUAUUUUUCUGUACAUCGAAAUAAACAAUAUUGCAUUUAAUGUAUUGUGUAUGUAUAUUUGCCGCUUACAGUUUCAUAUUGUCAUAAUGUUACGAGUUUAGGUGUAGCAUUUAGCCUUGGUAGCAAUCAGUUGCAUUCAUGUAAGUAUGCAUUUCAUACGCCAUUCUAAAUAUUUGUAAUCGUGGUUACCUACAUAACUAACAUGUGUGUAUAAUCAGUGUUUAAAGCUGAAUAAUUUAACCAGCAUGUUUUGUAUAAUUGGAAAAGAAUUCUAUGACACGUCCAGAUUUAUUUACCUUUGUGACAGUCUCAGUCCAGACACCUUAGCCCGAAUUCACAAAGGAGCUUUGUCGACAAACCUAGGCUUAGGUGCGUCAUAUGACGCGAUUCGAUGCGAUUCAGACCAAGCUUCAGAAAAACCUUGGUCUGAAACGCGUCAAAACGCGUCGCACAUUAACCUAUAGAUUUGUCUACAAACCUCCUUUGCGAAUUUGGGCCCCAGAUUCCUUAAACAUGUGAACUGGUAGACUAAAGCUAGCUGCCAGUUUUCCAAAUAAUGCCGUUUUGGCAAUCUCCGCUUUGAAGUUGUCAGGCAGAUGCCUAUACAAGUCUGGAGAAGGUGUAUAGAAUUAGACACAACAAGUGUACAAUAGGUAAUUCAAUUUGUACCUGAAUUAUGAUUUAUUGAGAGAGGUGUGAUAAAUAGAUUAAAUGAAUGGCAGUCAUGAGUUAAUGUCCCACCACCAGCUUGUGAGGAGAAUACGUCUCAUAAAACAUAUUCAUUUAUUCUUGUAAAGAUAAUAUUUAUAACCUUAUUUAAAUGUAAUCAUCAUGAAUAUUUGCAUAACAUUCCACAAAUCAUUGAUAUUUUAGAAUAUUACAUAAGAAUUCCGGAUUGAAAUAUCGAGAAAAAAACAAAGAAAUUGAAGAAUAAAUUUGGAAAAACCUAAACAAUACUGAGCACGGAUCAUGCCUUUUCGCUGAGGUUUCAAUGAUUAUUUGUUGUAUAUUUAAAUUAAUUUCUUUGAUUUAAGAUUGGUUGUAAUUAUCGAUUGAUUUUCAAUAGGAUUACCGAGAAAAAAAAAAGUGUUAGGGUUUUUCGGACGCCUCUGGAAAUCUGUAAAAGAUUGAUUAUAAUGUUUUUUGUUAUUGGAUUCAUUGUGAACCAGUAUGAUGGUAUACUUGUGUUUUCUCGUCGUACAUGGGUUAGGUGUACAUAUGUGUUGUUAUUAUUAUCAAUAUUGUUCCUGUAAAAUUAUGAAAAGACUGUAACGUGUUUUUGCAUUCGAUGUUUGGUGUUGAAAUAAUAAAUAAUCAUCAGUUGAAUUGAA